CACUCCUUCCUCCUUUGUGUUAGGGUUCGGCUUUUCAUUCUGUCUGCGUUUCGUCACACUCACCCCCGAACACAUCGUCGUUGGCAACCGAUUAUAGGGCAAUUUACUUUCGGUAAUUGGCUAAAUCAGAAGAUAUCGACAUUUCUCGUGCCAUAUUUUGUUGUGAUUGAUUAAUGAAGCAUAUUGUGAAGAUUUUGACGUUGGUAAUGGCCAUCACUGCUUUAUGGGUUGGCCUUCUACAAACUUCUAUGAUUCGGCGCAGUCAUACUUGGUUGCUGCCUAUCUAUUUUGUUGUGUCUUUAGGAUGUUAUGGUCUACUAAUGGUUGGAGUUGGUUUGAUGAAUUUUCCAACCUGUCCUCAAGAAGCCCUGUUGUUGCAAAAGGACAUUGUUGAGGCCAAGGAAUAUCUAAAGCAAAGAGGAGUCGAUGUUAGUCCCAGCUGAUGUGGUUUCUAGAUCUUCCAUUAAAGUUCAGAAUUAGCUGCCGACAAUUUCCUGAUUGGGAGGUGUGAAGGAUUUUUGGCUUUUUACACUGUACACAAAAAUACUAAUGUGUAACUCCUUUGGAUUUUGGCAAAUGUACAUGAACUCUUUUUAUUACGAUCAAUUGAUUGCCUUUUUUUCCCAGGUAAUGUUUAUUAAUAUUUUGGUUGCAAGUUUAUAUUCUUUGGGAACACAUGAAACUGAUAUUAAACAACAAUAGCUCACCGAGGCUCGAUAGCCAUGU